ACUCCACAGGAUAAAGAGCUUCAAGACAGAAUGAAGCCUAAAUCUCUUCUGGAGACGUGGGAUGAAGCGCAAAACGAGAGCAGAUUUCAGCGAUAUGUUUGUUCUAAUAAAUAUGUGACUUUAGAGGAGAAUGAGAGCCGAGAGAAAGCAAAAGAGGGGAAGAAGGCAAAAAAGAAAGAGAAGUACAAGAAAUAUAAAAAGAAUGUGAGGAGGGCUCUGCGGUACAGCUGGAAGUGUCUGUUGAUAGGACUUCAGAACUUCACAGUGGGAUACGCCGCCCCCAACGUGCCCCCGACGUUCAUCCCCGAGUUCAGACCGAGCUCAGACAAGACGAAACCAAAGUGUUCAUAAGAUGUCAGCGUUCCCAAGCAGAUGAUUCAGGCAGUGUGUCCUGGUGGUCUCGAGACUCUUGUUUUUGGAAACCAUUUGGGAAUCGAUCAGAAAAUGGGAAAUUAUUAAUAAAGACAUAGCUUGCAAAGAAAAAAUAAGGAGAGUAAACACAGAAGACCUGCUUAAAGGAUGUUUCCUCAAAAUCUCAAAAGAUUCUCAAAAGUGUUUUAAUUCGGUUUUAAUUUGUAAUUAUUUACAGUCAUAAAAUUGCUUUGGAGUAAUAUAUUAAGACAGAAAUCAUAUGCAAUAUUAAUAUGUAAUUUAAUUAUAGUGCCUUUAUUAUUGCAUCUGUAUAUUUUUCCCUGGUUAGUUUAGAAUCAAGGCUUAGGUAUAAUUAGUGCAAUGAGUUGAGUAUAAUAUUUGUUUAGAAAAGUGUUAAAAUCUGAAUGUAGCAUUGAUGCCAUGCAUUAAAAAAUGAUUACAUAAAGAUAUAUACUAAAUAAGCAGACAAUAAAUAACUAAUAAUAGAUUUUAAAUACUGUUGCUUUCAUAAAUAUAGAAAACGUACACCAGAAUGGCAUUUAUUUCCAAACACUAGACUACACACUGAUUACUGAAUAAAUGCUUAGUCAUUUAUUUUCCAUUCACUUUCAUCCAUCAUAUUAAGAAAAGUUAUAUGAAGAAUUAAUGUCUGAAAAAGUAACACUGAGCUUUCAAAUAACUCCAAUGUCUCUUCCAUCCUCCAGGUAUAUUUAUACUCUUCUGCUUGGAUUGAAUCAGGAUUUGUUUUCUCAUGAAAAGUGUCAGAGUAAGUUGUGUUGUAUGUAAGUCUGUGGAGAUUUAGAUUUAUCAGUACAGUAUGUGUGGGAAACAAUGAAGAAGGUUAUGAAACAGGAAAGGUUUCAAGCAGGAUGUUUAAAAAAAUUAUCCAAACAGGACGUUUAAAAAAAAGAAAAAAGUCAGGUCAAGUUUUGUGAAGUUUUCACUGCUGCUUUGAACACACCCGUUGUUGACUUCCCUUCAUUCCCUAUUGUUCUUUGUGUGAUCGAUAUUAAACUAAGUGCCGAUUGAUACGUGAGCAAAUUGGGAAGGUGUUUCAAAAGGGUUUUGUGUAUACAGGCCAGAUUUCUCCACAAGCUUUCCAGCUACAUGCAGGUUUGUAGGCAAUGGAAAUGAGAAUCAUUUAUACCACCAUGUUCUUGGUAACAGGCUGUAAAUUUGGAUUUGACAUUAAAGCACUGAGCUCAUUACAUAUUGUGAUUUGUUUUAUGUUGGGAAUGUGAGCUACAGAAGACAUGUUGACAUUUCAGUGUUGAAAUUCUGCUCUGUUUGCUCGUAGUAAAUCUACAUUGUCAUGAAGAUCUUGAUUUUUACGUUUUAAAAGAAUUAAUAAAAAAAAAUGCAUUCAUUCAAAA